CAUAAUGGCCGCGUCCAUAGACGCUUCUGUUUUUGUUUUGUUAUAGUUUGAGUGUUUUUUAAAAGAGAACAUUUUAAAGCUCAAAUUGACAUUUAGAAGUGCUUUUAACUUACAAAGACAAAAUGGCAUCCAUUUUGCGAAACGCUGCAGCAGCAGUGAACAACAAAGGAAUGCCAAGUUCAUUUUACAGUAAAGACAAACCAAACCCUGUUUUACAAUCUCUAGACAAGGAAAUAAAACAGUUUCAAGGAUUUAUCAAAAAGAAAAACGUCAAAGGUUAUCAAAAACCGGAUGAGGAAUCUCAGUCUAGACCGGCUGAUACACUGUUUGAAAUUUGGAACAAAUAUGAGCCCAGACUACCAAGGUCAUACUACCAGGGGAAGCUGUUGGAAGUUGGAGACUUUCUUAUGUCAAACAAGGAGUACAGUUUGGCUCUAUGGCAGUGCUAUGACAGAUACCUGAUGCACUUUGGGGAUAUUGAUGUAGUGGAAAUCACAGAUGUUGACACAUUCAAGUCCACAUUCUUCCCUCACGGCUUUGAUGGAGAUGGUGCUGAUCUAACAUUCCGAGCCCUAAUGGGCAAGAGCAUCAGCAUGUACCAGGUUAUUCGAGUGUCCGAUCCCAAACUCCAGAACACACAGAACAUUACCAACUGUGUAAAGAUCCUCACCUUUCUCAGGCUUGUCACACAAGUCAUUCUGCCCAUUGAGAAACUCUGCUGGCUCGUCUACAAUGGCACAAUCCACAUAUACAGCAUGUCCCGGUACCUGAUGUCGCUCGGCCAUUCUGCCAAGGUUCUGGAGUACCUACUAUGGGCCAGUAUGUGUAUGGAGACCUCGGUUCCUCUCCUGACUGUCCGAUACCUGUCCUGGAGGUCAACACUCUACACAGCUGUCUGCCAGUGCUACUUUGAUUGCAAGGCAACAGAGCAGGCUGAGAGUUUUGCUCGGCGAGGGCUGGGGAAAAUCCAGGAACUGAGUCAACUAGAAUCCAUGAGCAGUGCCAAGGACACACCUGACAGAGAGGCUGCCUUCAGGCAGGCGACCAUUAAGAUGGCCAUCAUGGUAUUCCGUCGAUCAGUGUAUGAGACAAGGAGAAGACCUAAAGGGCUACUGAGACCUAAAACAAGGGCUAACCUCAAGGAUGCACAAAAUUUACAAUGGCCGCGUACCCCGAGCGAGAAGCUCUUGCAUGACAUGUUUGAGGGCAGUUCAACUCAACUUCUGUGUAUCCUCGAAGCCUUGAAUGAUACCAACAGGCGUAUACUGAUCACAAGCCCACCUGCACCAGACUCAGAGGUCGAAAUACUGGACGUGUAUGCGGAACUUUUUCUUGCUGGGCAGGAAAUUUUGGCUGGUGGAGGUGGACACAGGGUCUCCCUUCCGAAACCACCUAGUCGGAUAGGUGUGCCUGCCCUGGCUGGCAUUGCCCCGGGAAAGACACUCAUGGAAAUGGCUGCCAAGGGAGAGGAUGGAGCCACCAUUGAAGCUGCCAUCAAGCUGGUGAAGUUGGCUUUCUGUUAUGAGCAAUGGGAAGUGUUUGAAGCUCUCAAUGAUUCAGUGCUCACUUACCUAAGGAUUGUGAAUGAAGACAAGUUCCUAUGGGACGAGAAAUGCCUGCAGAUUCUGUCCGCUAUGGAAAAAGUCACGAGCGGAAAGAAGCAACGUCGCACUGUGUCACAAAAUGAAGAGGAACAGGGGGACCAUGAUCUAGCACCCUCUGUGCUUGCCCAGUCAACCCGAUCUGUGAACAUGAAUGAUGACUUGAUAAUUCUAGCAGACACUCUCAUGUCUGUUGUGGCGGGACCCUUUACCCCUGAGACCAUUGAGGUGGACAUUAUAGUGGAUGCAGCCCUCUACAUGUGGAACAAAUGCAAAGCUGUGUUCCAGAAAUAUCAGACUGGUUCUGUGGACAACCCAAAAUACCUUAGCAAGAUGGAAAACCCAACUAAGUGGGUUUACAUACUGGACGUUGUUCACCAGCUGUUGUGUUGGUGCGGAAUUAGCAGCGUGGACCCCGCGCUAACUGCAGAGGUCGUGUUACGACUUGGCCUUGUGUUGGAGAGUAGCGCGCAUCUUGAUCAGAUAGAAGGGAAAGAUACACCAGUAACCCCUGUGUCCACUGCAAGGGGAGAGAUAGAGGGAAAGUCCCCAAUCAAGGACUCAUCAAUGUCCGACCUCGGAGCACUGCAUGAUGGUAGCCAGCACAUUUCCCGCACGUCCAUGCUUUCCUCAUCCCUUAUCAAUGUGAACCCCCGUAACCAGCUCCUGCAGGCUCGAGACAUUCUCGAGCUCGGUUUGAAAAAUGUCUCGUUUGCGCGUGAGGCUGUGGCGUUGGCUGAUGGAAAAUCAAUCGCUGAUGUUAGCUGGGCAAAGAAAAUAAUACCACCUGAUAGACUUCCACCAGAAUUUAAGGGCAUAAAUGACCCUCUCCCACCAAUUUUUAUCCCCCUAAAAAAAAAUUCUGAAACAAAAAAUGGCUUACAAACCAGUCAAUCCCAAUUCUCCUCUCAUAAAAGUCAGUCAGAAAUGAUUGAAGAUUCAAAAAGUCUGGGUCAUUCAGAGGCUGGUAGAUCAGGGAAUCCGUACAUACUAGCUUACUCAAGAGAGGAGCUAAAUGAAGAACUCUUCGCGCCAGAUAGUCGACAAACUACUGACGUAUUGGGAGGUGGCAGAGGUGAUGGCACAAUAAAUCGGGAUGACCUGAUUCCAGAAAACCUCCGAGGCUCAGCCACCGCAGUUUGGAACACUGUGAAGGACCUUCACCUUGAACUGAUCCUCAUGUAUCAUCGCGUGUGUCUGAAGCUUGACCAGAUGGGGCCUGAUCCUUCAGUGAACAUGCCGAAACCGUUCAAGCGAAGGACUUGCUCUAGGAUGCAAUUUGGCAGUGACCGGUCUCUGCUAGACUCCUAUGUUGAGACCACAGACGAGCUACUGGCCCGCACCAAUAAGAACAACUUAUCCAAGGCCCUUCUCUACAUGGAGAAAGCUUACCUCUCACCCAGCGAUGGCAAGGUUACUAAGGAACAGAAGAAGCUACUUGAGAAUGCACUGACUUGUAUCCAAAAAGCUCAAAACGAAGAGAAGAGGACAUACCUAGACAAUACCGGUAUAUCCGAGGACAAACUCGUAGAAGGACGUGUCCCUCCCCAGCCCAUCCUGCUAUCCAGAACAGACCAUUCGAUUGUAUUCAAACCGGCUCCUUGGAAAUCUUCAACUGGAGAAAAGGUGGCGUGGUAUCGUGUAUUUGCUCGCAAUGCCACAGGCAGCAAUGUGAAGGCUAGGCUCAAUGACUACUUCUUCCCAGGCACCGGCCAACAGAUCCCAUACCACCACAAAGAGCUACGAGUGUCCGGCUUGAAGGCAAACGAGCGUUAUGUUUUCGCAGUGGCUGCAUACACACAAGAUGGGAAACUUAUCGGGGACGGAAUAGGAGAAAGCACAAAACCAAUAUUGGCCAACCACCCUCUUCCAGUGCUGACCACAUGGGCAUUCUUGGCUCAGUUGUCCUACCAGAUAGGCUGCUACGAUGUAUGUAGGCGGGCCUGUGAUGUCCUAUGGGAUCACUUCAUAGCAGAAAACCCACCUCCAGAGGGUGUGACUUACACAACAUCCAAUGAAAAGGACUUUAAGCUGACUCUUAUGAGAUUGAACCAGAAGGUAGUGUGCCUGUCAUCUCCAGUGAUUCUGAGAAUGUUCCUGGCCAGUAUCUUCAUCAGUGUGGACAUCAAUGUCCGAGAGGGAAAAAUCUUCUGUGACACCCUGUGUGAUAAAGGGCCUCUCUUCACUGGACAGAUUAAAAGGCUGAAGGAAUGCGAGAAGAUGCUGGUAGCCAUAGAAAUGGCGGGAUGGUUAAAUGAAUCCAACCUCGCUCUUCAAGCCGUGGUCCAGUGUUAUGGUCUACUGGCACCACUGAUAUUCUACAAGAUUCCUUCAAUACCAGUGUUCCAGAUACUACAGCGUUGCCACGCAGUAUUACAGGAGAUACCAGCAGGACUCCGUCAGAAACGCCCAACCUCCAUCGCAGACAGUCUGCACCACAUGACUGCCUGUAUUACAUUUCACAUGGCCAAGGUUUUGCGUAACUGGGGUCAGAAGACUCUUGCUAACAACCUGAAUGAUGCUGGUCGGAGGCUGCUUGUCAUUGAAACAGCAGUGGAUCCUACUAAAGACAACACAAAAGAACUAGACAAGGGCACUGUACUUGACACUAGUGUUGAUGUGGAAGAAACUGCUGGCUCCAUUAACAUACAGGCUUUGAAGAACAAGUCCCGUCGAGGGAAGAAGGGAACGCAGGGCAUGCUGAAAGAGCAUGAGGCUGAAGGACCAAUGAAUGAAGAACUAAAGGCACUGGAGGCGCACAUGCUUAGCAUCUCAAAACAAGAGACACAGCACAAAGCCCAGAGUGAACAUGAGCUGUCCGGCAGUGAAGACCCGUCCAUUCUCCAUGCCUACAUCGCCUAUCUACCCAGCCGCAUUGCUUAUCGGGAAGUUUCAAGGUUCAAGAAGCGUGCUCGCUACCUCGAGUUUUUCGUGCAAGUAGCCCAGAAGGCCCUAACAGAAGGUCUCCCUGAACUGGCCAUGGAAUGGUGUGAUGACACAGAUAACUGGAUCACAAGGCGAAAUGAGCAGAUAAUCGGAGUGCGAGCCUUCCUCACUAAGCAGCCAGGAGGCACCAUGACAGUAACUGGAGACGAUCCUAAAAAGUUUGCAGCUGCUAUGGUGGAAUAUAGCAAAGAGAAGGAGUUCAGCACCCCUCGAGGUCAGGCUGGGGGUUCCAAGGUUGUCCAGGGAAAACCAGGCCAGUCUGCACCAAAGGGGAAACGCAGGGUAAAAUACAAGGCUCUCCGUGUAAACAACAAUAUGACAGAUGCUGCCAAGCAGGCCCAGGAAGAGGCUGAGGUCAAGUUUCCGGAACAUUAUGAUGAAGAGGCCCUAGAGAAGAUAGGUGUUCACCUCCCAGACAUGUACCGGGGCUGGCACAGGAAACGUCGCCUCAGGAAGAUAUGCAAUGAUGAGAUGACAUGGAAGUGCCAGUUGAGCAUCCUACAAGGUCUAGCACAGUUCAGUGCCUUCCUUCAGAAGUUGGAAAGGAGGGAAAAAAUCAUGGGAAACACUGACAACAUCAUGUACAAGACCAACUUCUUGGAUCAGGAGUGGCUUGUAUUUGAGACUGCUGGCACGCUAGUAGUUGGCUGGGAAGGUGGACCUCUGCAUCAUGCUCACAUUGCAGAACCAGGGGAAAGACGAGAAAAGGAGGCCUCAAAAUACCCAGCCAUCCGGGAGAAGAACUCAGACUACAGUGAGUCAAGCUCUGAUGAAGAUCUGCCGACGGUGACAUCGAGAGCAAGGACCAAGACCGAUGCCCUAGACCUGGCAGGGUUUGAACGACCCAAGACAACAACAACAGGCAUUGAGAUAGCUGCUGCUUUGGCCACUGGUGCCCCACCGCCACCCAUGUUCACUGAACCACCCAUUGUUGAGGAUACCCCUCGUACCUACCGGUCAGACAUGAGCACUGCCCGUCUGCACACACAGAAGACUGACCAGCCAGACAUAGGCAUACUGACCGCUCAGGAAACACUGGAUGCUAUCAACAAGUCAUUCAGUUUUUUCAGGAAAGCCAUUGUCCUAGCCCACAGAGGAGGCUACUGGACGCUUCUCCAGAACGCGUGCCGCGGCCUAUGGAACAGCUUUCACACUGCCCUAAUGCGGGCCUACACCCCCUUGCUUUCCGAGGAAGAUAACGGUCUACUUACCAUGGAUGAGAUUCGCUCCCUGGCUUGGAAACCUCUCCAUGUGGCUGCCGAUUGCCUGCUUGAUAUGAUGGCACAGCUAGAAGUGGAACUACAGACUCAGAGUGCUAAGGACAAAGCAAAGGGCAAACUUGGCGACCAUUUUGAUUCCUGGACUGGUUCAGUGUUGAACGAGAGAGGAGGAGCAGGAUUGAAAUUUGAAAACCCAACAGAUAACCAGUCUGUACUCGAUGUCCGUUUCCUCAGAAGACUGGUACUCAGGGUCUUGGAGAUGCUUUACUAUGAGCAGAAGUGGGAGAAGCUUGUUGACAUUGCAUUGAGAUUCAAUGCUCUUACCAAUGAGCGUCAUGCAGAACAAGUGAUCCCCCUGUUGGUACAAGCCCAGCGUCGUCUCUCAGAGAGCAUUCAGGAACUCGGAGGAAAAACGCCCCCACAGCCUCACUACCAGCAGCUCAUGAUGAAAAUGAACUCCGUCGUAACGGCCCGCAUCUACCUUACACAACAACUAGAGCUAGUGGUAGAUAAAUCGAACCUUCCGCCAGUACCCACAGGGGCUGCAAUCGAUCCCCUGGGGCACGGAUUGUAUACAAGCAAAGAUGCAUUGAAGAACGUUUCAGUUCCUCUAGAUGCACCAUACAGUUUGUCAGUGUUGUAUGAGGCCUUUGACAAAUCGCAGUACACAUCAAGGGCGUUGAUGCAUAGUAGAAAGUUGAUGAUUUUGUACCUGGCCAACCAACAAAAUGUGGCAGAGGGAGCACUGAGCAGGGUGCCAUCUCGGGUAGACUUCAUUCCCAACACUGCGCGCCCCCAACCCACAAUGCCUCCAGACAUCAGCAGGGAGGAAUAUGCUGAUCCAUCUGAUGUUCAGACCGCGCCCAUUCCUCGAUCCCAGAUUGGCACUGUAAUAUCCUCAUACGAGAAAACUAUUGAAAUGCUGCUUGCAAAGAACGAGCGUGAGCUAGCGGCUCAAGCCAUGCAUGAGAAGGGAAACCUCCAUUUCCAUGCCAACAACGUUCGAGCUGCCUACAAAUGGUGGACUGAGGCCCUGGACUUGAUUUUCAACGCUGAUGAUGUGUUGCAUACAUGGCGAGACAUGUUUAAAGAUGCGACAGAUGUCAGUGCCGAUAUGCUCAACCGCUGUGGGAUCUGGGGCUGUAUAUUGGCUGGGAUUCUUACGUCCAACAUUGCCCAGUUCAUUCUGACCGUGGAUCUAGGACUUAGGACAGAGUGCUGCUUCCUGUCUGGCUACUUGUUCAAGGCGGUUUUCCGAACUUCCUUGCCCCACCCCCAGGCUGACAGGGACUAUGCUAUGUACGAAGUCGGGGAAGGGUGUGAAGUUACAAAUCUCAUCCCAGGGGUGGACCUUCUCUCAGAGAAAUAUAGGACAGAUGGACGCCAGCUUGUGGCUAGUCUGAGAUGGGUUAUAGAGGAACUGGCAAGAGGACAUCAUAAUCUGUUUGUGCUGCCAUUACUCACCCUGAACCAAUACUUUGCCCUGUUUGUUAGCCGCGACCUCCAGCGUACUGUGGACGGACGAAUCCUCAAGUGCCGAGUCCUGUGCGACCUUGGACUGUUUGCUGAGGCCCUUCAGACACUACAGAGGCUGCUGCAUGGAGAAAGGCUCCCUCACACAGGGGAUAGCAGCUUUAGGCAGGUGGAGUCGAAGGUUCUGCCUAUCAAGUUCAACACCAGCAAGCCUAUCACGGAGCCUGUGAAUUUGAAGGUCUUGGAGAAUGUCCUGGACAAGAGACUAUCCUCCAACUUGGGAAUGCUGUAUGGGCCACACAUGACCUGCCACCUGUCACUUGUGCAGGCCCACCUCUUUGUAUCACUGGCCAAUACCAUCCCUGUGCUGCCGAGCUUUGAGGAUGUUGUUGUCCCAGAAGGUGGCAGUUUGCUGAAGGCCCACACCAUCAGCACUUUAUCCAAACCCAUGGGUCACGGGCAAGGCAGCCUGAAACUGGGGGAAGCCAGGAGCAAGAAGGCAUCUGUCAAGGCUGCAAAGACUCUCACAGACGAUGACACAAUAUUUGAAAGUCCUAGUGAGGACAUUGCCGAUGAUGAUGACAGUGAUAUAGAUACUAUAACAGAAUAUUCGGAAAAAGGUUCAUCAGCCGAGAAAGCCAUUUCCCAUCUUGAAGGAGAAGAUGUAUCUAACACUGAAUCGAAGGGAGAUAAUUCAACCAAUGAUAACAAAAGUGUUUCAACCAAUAGGAGCUCAGCUAAAAGUCAAAUGGACACGGAGAGAACUAUUCCUCUGACAAAGAGGUUCAGUGGGGCAAGUAAGCCAUUGACGCUGGAGUUUAUCAAGGGAACACUACUGGUGGUUGCAGACCAGAUGGUAGGGACGAUUGCAGACGUCAUACAGGAAAACGUGGAGCUGGAGGGAGGAAAUUCGAAUGACCUCUCAGCCGCAGAACUAGAACUUGUAGUGCUUAGCAAGUUGGAACAGGCAGAGGUUGCCAAGCAGAAACAUCAUGCUCCGAUGGCUGCAAGGGUCGUGUUGUCGGCGCUGAAGAUGCUACAAAACUCAACUUUGUUUAAGAAGAGGAAACAUAUGCCCCAGCCACCAAGAACGUCACCAAAACAUGAAAGACCAUCGUCACUGAAGAACCGCGGUGACAAACCCAGACGGCCGCCGAUUCCCAUAAAACUUAGCGAACCAGAAAACAGCCAGUUUCAGUAUCAGAAUUUCCAGUCUCGGUCUCGUCUAGACGCCCGUCUGUGGCUCGCGUGUCGGGUGUCCCUCGUCAAGAGUCUUAUGAUGGAGAUCAGGGGCAUGGGCGAUGUGAAAGACCUGGUCAAACCUACAAGAAUUACCAAAGGAAGUGAAAACAAGGUCCUCCAGGAGCUUGCUGAUUGUCGUCAGUAUUGUGCUGAGGGUCUGGGUGAAGCGGAAGCUUGUGGGGACGUUGAGAAACAGGCAGAGUUCCUCCUACAGGGGGCGUGUCUCAAUAUUGUGGAGGGGAAGAACCUGGAACAUACCAUCUCGCUGCUACAGGAUUCUAUAAACAUGCUGACCAAGGUCUCCUGUCUGUCCAUCCCUGGUGUCCAGCUAAUGGCCUCAUCCAUCGUAAUGAGGACUGACCUUGAGGCUAUAGAACAUGAGGAUGAGUCUCUUAUCUUCACAGAGCGAACCAUGGAAAACUAUCUACAGGCACAGAGCCUUGUACUCAAACAGAUGGAGGAGCUUGGAGAGAGAGUGGUACACUUCUAUCCUGAGGGUCGUCUACAGGAGAGGUCAUGCCCAGCCAGCCCGCUCCGUAACAUUUACCUGCCACAUCUCCUAAGGCUUGUGCAGAUUAAGCUUCGUGUUGGACACGCCAUGGCUAGAAAUGCAGCAAAGAACAUAAGAAAUGCAACUAUCAAACACGAAUGGUCUGACCUUGACCCAGUUGUCAUGUGGACAGAUGCUCUUGGAGUUUUGAUGUCUGCCCUUGAACUCUCACAAGCAUCAGUGACCAGGGAGGCUUACCUAGAAGCUGAAUUAUUGCUCAACAUUGGUAAGGUUCAGCGUAUGCUAGUGUACCUUGGCAAGUUCCAGUCCAGAAAUGCAGCCCAGUCCCUGAUACGAGCCAUCAAGAUUUCACACGCCACUGACCAUAACCUUGGGUUAAUGAGACAGGCGUAUUUGGAGAUAGCCCUUGUGUACCUGUACAGUAGCGGAGGGGUAACAAUGAAGGAGGGGGGCAUCGACCCAGGGGCUCAAAGUGGGGAAGAUGUGUCCCCUAGAUUGGCUUCCAAGGGAACCAAGAAGAAGUCACCCAGAAAGUCAAAGUCUAAGACAAAAGAUGACAUGAACGAACAGGAGAAAGAAAGACGAGCAGCCUGGCUGGCGAUCAGGUGUGCUGCAGCUGUGUCAAACACCCAACGUAACAGGAUCCUCCUUAUUGGGGACACAGGCGUUACGUCCCAGAAGUUAUCAGAUGAAGCUCAGAAGGAGAUGCCGGACUUUGCAGCCCUGGAUCUUGUUGGGGCAUAUGUUCUUGGGGAGAAGAAGAAAGUGUAUAAGAAUGAGAUAGAGGAAGAAUUAGCCCCCCUGAUAGAGGCCCAGGAGGUCAAACACAUUGACACUUACGAGGAGCAGUUACAGAAAUCCAGAGAAGCCGCAAAUGACCUCAGCUGGAUACAAUUCCUAGGUUACCAGACAAUUCUUCAGAGGCUCUCCAGCACUUCAACGAUAUCUGCUUCCAGCGUGCAGCCGGACGAUCGACCGACGAGCGGGGAGCGAAAUGUUGGGGAGCUUGGACCGGACUUUGACCUCGGUUUUAUAAGUCAUGCUGAGUGUGAUACCUCAUUGAAUCAUGAUGUUGUCAGGACAAUGCUAUUUUCCGGCACCUGGACAACAAGGAUUGCUCGCAUGCACAGUUACUUAAGCACGAACCUAAAACCUUAUGGCAGUGAUUGCUGUGCUGUCUACCCACCGGCUGGCCUUGACCUUGCCCCUACGGCUGAAAAGCCCACAGAGCUGAAUAUUGUGUACAAGAGCUACCCUGAUAACCUGACCAAUCCUGCUGACCUGGAGAAUGAAACUCAGCUGAAGUUUGAUAUUGAGUUCUUACAAGGCAUGGCCCCUGCACCACCAGGCAGUGAGAGGAACCCGGUGAAGCCGGCAGACAAACCCAUAACCACACCGCCUGAUAAUGAGGUCACGCUUCAAUGGUACCAGCCCUCACUCGAGGAGGUAGACCCACUGAGGCCCGAGGCAAUGGGACCUGAGAGUCGGGUGUUACUGAUGUACGCCCUGAACAUGAAAAGUGGAGGCUCGGUGAAUGUAGCCGUCAGACUAAUGUGGGUUCAGAUGUCACAGUUAAAUGACCUUCAUGACAGGCUAGCAGUGUUGCUGCAGCGUGCAGAGGUGUAUCUACCGACAGGGAAGGGUAAGAAAAGAGGGGUGGAGCCCUCCCCUACCCCCACAGUCAAGUCUCGGAAAACUAAGGAGAGACUUCGGCCAUUGUCUCCCAAACGACAGAAAGAUGAAACAUUGGAGACCCUGUUACGACAAUGUAUCGAUGACAUCACUAUCCUGUUUGGUUCAACAGCAGAACCAGAUACAGCGUCCUCCGUCACUGAGCUGUUGCCUUUCGAUGUGUCAAGAGCCAACGUAAAAAUGUUGGAAGCGUUGUUUGAUCCAAGCUUUGGAGCGACGCUGAAGUCAGCUGAUCUGGCUCAAUGGAUGCUUAAACUUUUCCCGACAUUUUGAGCUUUUAUGCUGAGGUCAAGACAAGACCUGUUUUAAAAUUAGACAUUUCUUAUUGUGUUGACUUUAUUUUGAAAUCGGACAUUCCUAAAAGAGUCAAGUUUAUUUUGAAAUUGGAAAUUCCUUAGUGUUGCAAUUAUUUCUAAAUCAGACAUUCCUAAAAUAGUCUAGUUUUUAACUUUUUAACUUUUAAGUUUGACAUUCCUUUAAAUGUGUAGCCCAAAGAUUGUGUCCAUUGCACAUUUUGUAUAACCAAGUUAAUUAAGUUCAAACAGUGUUGAUAAUGCUAUGCUUCGAAGCAUUUGUUCAAUACUUGAGUAGAGAACAGCCUUUAAUCCUCAACUUUAACAUGAGUUGAGAAGAUAAAAUAAUUAUAAAUUAAACAUUAUACAACCUAUAAAUAGAGCAUCUGAGUUUGAGUCAUUUUGUGAAAUAUUUAAAAAUAAACUUAGAAUUUGUAA